GCAAAACGUCAUCAGACUUGAAAAGGCGUCGUGUUCAAAAUAGCACCCAGUACACGUCAUGGCAAGCGGGCAAGUCGAGCCGGUGCUCGUGGCCAAGUCGGCGAAUGCGGCGUGGGCGUUAGAGCCCGUGCGCUCCAAGUACACCCUCGAACGCACCUCGUCCCUUCACCACAGUGUGUUCCAUACGCCCAUGACGGGGCGUGACCCGAAAGAGCGGAAUCGCAAGUCGACGCCACUCGAGAAGCUCUUUGACUUAACGCUGGUCGUCGCGCUCUCGGCCGUCUCCAACGUCUUUGCCACCUCGAUGCAGCACGGAGACAACCUUUUUCAAAACACCGUUCUGUUCAUCAUGCUCUUCUUUGCGGUCUGGAAUGCGUGGCUGCCGUUCACGUGGUUUGCGUCCAUGUACGACGUCGACGACGCCUUGUACCGGCUCGCGACGCUCGGGCAAAUGGUCGGACUGCUCGUCGUCACCGACGGCAUCAAGUACGACAAAUCCGAGGUGAUUGCGGGGUAUGUCAUUUUGCGCCUCUCGCUCGAAGGUCUUUUGCGCGGUCGCGCUGCAAUCUACGAUGUGCGACACCGGCACUUGACCGUGCGGUCCAUGGCGGCGAGCUGUACCGUGCUCGUUGGCUGGGUCGUGCUGUUUCAGGCGACAUUGUCGGAGGAGAUGUUUGAAGCGUACUACUUUGUCCUUGGUCUUCUCGACAUUGCGCUGCCGAGCCUCGUCGCCCAUAGCAACGAGGUGCGCUUCCACGCGCACCACAUCUCGGAGCGAUACGCCGAGUUUACGAUCAUCAUCUUUGGCGAGUGCCUCCUCUCGCUCUCCCAUGCGACCGUCUUGCAUGGAGCCCACGGCUUUAGCUACGACGCACUCGCAAUCUUGAUUGGAUCGAUGCUCCUCCUCUUCCUCCUCUGGUGGUUCUACUUUUUCAUUCCGUUUGGCCACGUCAUGGACGCAAACCCAGCCGCGGCGUUCCGCAUUGGCAUUGGCCACUUUGUCAUUCAUUGUGCGCUCGCCGCCUUCGCCACCGGUCUCUACAUGAUUGCGCACCUCGCCAACGAGCACGACGCCAGUGGGUCGAGCUCGGGCAGCUCGGCUCCGGUCAUGUCGACGCAGACCGCGUCACUCAUGGUGGCGAUCCCGAUUGGUCUCUUUUUGUUUGCCUUGGCCCUCGUCGCGGGUCUUUCGUGGGCGGCGGUCGCGCGGUCGGUGGGUGUCGGCGCCGCCGAAGUGCUCAUUGGUGUCUACGUGACGCCCCUCGUGAGUCUCCCAGCGCUCGUCUUUCUCUACUGUGUGCCCAUGACAUUGCUCUUGCUCGAAGUCAUGUGGAUGGAAGGCGGUGCCGAGCAUGUCGCCACGCGCUCCGAGCCGACGUCUGUGAAAGAAGCCCACGACACCUCCUAAGUGAGCCAAACGCUGCCUGGACGACUCGAGUGCUUCACUCUGUCUCGACUCGCUUCAACAACAAGCGCACAUAGCUCCGUGGCUUCCUGUAGAUGAACGUGUUUUGCGCAUUCGUUGUAAAUGUUAAGGCGUCG